AUGUCUGAAACUCUGGAAAAAUUGGCAUCAGAAACUGGAAGCCAUGGAACCACAGGUGAGAAAAGACUACAACAGCUGGAAGCCUUAUUUUUGGGAGGACCCAUUCAAGGUCAGGGACAGUGUUUCAGUCUGGAAACAUGCCUUGAUAUUUUACUCGUAUUGUAUGAUGAAUGUUGUAAUUCAUCACUUAGAAGGGAAAAGGCUGUGUCUGAUUUUAUCGAGUUUGUGAAACCCGUGGCAUCAUGUGUUAAAAAUCUCAGGCUUGCUAGAGAUGAUUUUGAGAUAAUUAAAGUUAUCGGGAGAGGAGCAUUCGGAGAGGUGUGCGUUGUUAAAAUGAAAGGAUCCGACAAAGUUUUUGCCAUGAAAAUUUUAAAUAAAUGGGAAAUGUUAAAACGAGCAGAAACAGCCUGUUUCAAAGAAGAAAGAGAUGUCCUUGUUUACGGCGAUAGAAGAUGGAUUACUAAUUUGCAUUAUGCCUUUCAAGAUGACAAUAAUCUGUAUUUGGUAAUGGACUAUUACUGUGGAGGUGAUUUGUUAACUCUUUUAAGCAAGUUUGAAGAUCGAUUACCCGAGGACAUGGCUCGAUUUUACAUUGCUGAAAUGAUCCUUGCUGUAAGUUCGAUUCACGAAUUGCGUUACGUACACAGGGAUAUCAAACCCGACAAUGUUUUACUAGAUGCCAACGGACACAUUCGUCUCGCGGAUUUUGGUUCUUGUUUGAAAUUUUUAGAAGAUGGCACUGUUCAAAGUAAUGUCACUGUUGGAACACCGGAUUAUAUUUCUCCUGAAAUACUUAGAGCUAUGGAGGAUGGACAAGGAAGGUACGGGCCAGAAUGUGAUUGGUGGUCUUUGGGAGUGUGCAUGUACGAAAUGUUAUAUGGCGAAACUCCUUUUUACGCAGAAUCUCUUAUUGAAACAUAUGGAAAAAUUAUGAAUCACAAGAACUGUUUUGAUUUUCCUCAAGACGUAGGUUAUGAAGUAACUCCUGAAGCCAAAGAUUUAAUUAAAAAACUAAUAUGCAGUGCAGAAUUUAGAUUGGGUCAAAACGGUGUACAAGAUUUUAAGAAUCAUGCUUGGUUCGAUGGUCUUGACUGGGACUCCAUUAGAGACAGUUCCGCGCCUUAUGUUCCGGAAGUGAGUAGUCCAACCGAUACUUCGAACUUCGAUGUAGAUGAUACGGAUAUAAGAACAUCUGACGCUGUUCCGCCAGCAGCAAAUCCAACAUUUAGUGCUUUACAUUUGCCUUUCGUUGGUUUUACCUUCACACAAGGAAGCCGUAUAUCAGAUUUGUCUUCGAUACCUAUCGGUAGUGUUCAACAAAACAGUGGUCUAGUCGAAAAACGAGUUAAAAAACUCGAAGAAGAAAAACAACUUCUUUUAAAAUCAUUAUCCGAGAGCAAAAUUUUAAAAGUAUCCAAUUCGAAUUCAUCUGACGUGGGAACAGACAAAAUGAACUUGGCUAACAGUACCAGAAUAUUACAAGAAGAAAUUAAUACGCUGACCAAAAAUAACAAUGACUUAAAGGCACAAAUUCAAUUAUUAGAACAAAAAACAUCCGAUACGAAAUAUUUAGUCAAUGAUUCGGAAGCCGAUGAAAAAAUUAAAGAGUUGGAAAAAAAUAUAAAAUUAUUAAAUCAAGAAAAAGACUCCAUGCAGAAAGACAAACUCGAUGCGGAAGAGAAAUUAAAAUUUCAAGACAAAGAAUUAAAAGAUGCUCUGUCUCAAAGAAAACUCGCAAUGGCGGAAUAUAACGAAGUGACCGAUAGAUUAUCCGAGUUAAGGCAGCAAAAACAAAAAUUAUCACGACAAGUGAGAGAUAAAGAGGAAGAAUUGGAGGUGGCGAUGCAAAAAAUCGAUUUUUUACGCCACGACAUAAGGGGAGCGGAAAAGUUGAGGAGGGAACUGGAGGGCAGGAUAGAAGAGGCUAUCGCGGAAGCUGGAAAAGAGAGGAAAUUAAGAGAAAGGAGCGAAGAGUAUUGUAAACAAGUUGAAGAAGAGACUGAAAAGAUGAGACAGAGACUGGUGGCAGGUGAUAAUACAUCCGCACAAGCUCAUGCCACACAAGAAAUAUCAAGGUUAAAAGCCGAAGUUGAAAAACUUAAAGUGCAAUACAACGAAAAUUUAUCGCAACAGCAAUCUCGAUACACCGUCGAAAUCAGCAGCCUGAGAGAUCAAUUGCAAGAGGAGCGAAACAGGAGGGAAAUGUUGGAUCGGGAAAUUCAUUUAGCCAAAGAAAAAUUAGAAACUUCAAGGUUGGAAAAUUUAACCGACAGCGAAGAAACAAUAUCGGAAUUGACGAGAAGACACGAACGAGAAAAAAUGAUUCUGUUGGAAGAUAAUAAAAAAUUAAUGAUGGAUCUUGAAAUGUUAUCCGAUAGCGUAGAUAGAAUUCAAAGCGAACGACGGCAAAUUGAAGAGGAGUACGAAGAAUUGAGAAAUAAAAAAGAUGCUAUAGUACAAUGGGAAGCUCAAAUCACUGAAAUAAUACAGUGGGUGAGCGACGAAAAAGACGCUCGAGGAUAUUUGCAAGCGUUGACGACGAAAAUGACGGAAGAAUUGGAAUUUUUAAAACAUUCAAAGAGUUCAAACGUGAAUUCGAGCGAUGCGAAAAAUUGGAGAAACAGGAGAAGUCAAAAAUUGGAUAAAAUGGAAUUACUCAACCUUCAAAGUAGUUUACAAUCCGAAAUCCAAGCCAAACAAGUCAUUAGCGAAGAAUUGACGAAAACGAGAACGGAACUCAUUGCGGCUCAAAAAGAACUCCGUGAUUUUCAUGCAAAUUUUGAAAGUCUCUCUCACGAAAUCAAAAGGAAAGAAUUACAAAUCAAAGAAUUGCAAAGUAGAUUAGACUCGGGAGAAGGAUUUUUGGAAAGGCCGCCAUCUCAAAUGUCUUAUUUGGAUCAUUUUUUGAAAGAAUCUUCCAUGCGCCACGGUGGCUCGGUUGAAAGUGAAGAAGGAGACGUGGAAGACAACAGAGCUCCUUCAUUCACCAGCAGCAAAUCGAAUCUCUCUGAACUUAGCAUAGAUCCUGGUUCUCCUUUAGAAAUACGUAGACCGUCAUCACAUUUAGCACUUCACUUGCCACCGAAGCCUAAAUCUCACCAGUUUUUGGUUCGAACAUUUUCUUCGCCACAAAAAUGUAAUCAUUGCACUUCACUCAUGGUAGGACUCACUAGACAGGGUGUCGUGUGCGAGGCCUGCGGGUUUGCCUGCCAUCUUGGGUGUUGCGAUAAAGUACCAGUGAUAUGUCCCGUGCCUGCUGAUCAGACUAAAAGACCUUUGGGUAUAGAUCCGACGAGAGGUAUCGGAACAGCAUACGAAGGUUAUGUAAAAGUACCAAAGAGCGGAGGUGUUAAAAAGGGUUGGAUUCGUCAAUUCGUCGUCGUUUGUGAUUUUAAAUUAUUUUUAUACGAUAUAUCUCCCGAUCGAAACGCUUUGCCUUCCAUUUACGUAUCCCAAAUAUUAGAUAUGAGGGAUGAAGAUUUUGCCGUGAGUUCCGUCGGAGAAUCUGAUGUCAUACACGCAACCAAAAAAGAUAUCCCGUGUAUUUUUAGGAUCACGACGUCUUUGAUGGAACCUUACGGUAUUAAAAAUCACACGUUGAUGUUGGCGGACAGCGAAAAUGAAAAAAGUAAAUGGGUCGUAGCACUUAGCGAAUUGCAUAGAAUAUUAAAAAGAAAUAAUUUGCCCAACACUGUGGUUUUUAAAGCGAAAGAAUUGCUGGACAGUACUUGCGCUUUUAUAAAAAAUGCAAUGUCGGGAGUUAUCAUAGAUCCAGAUCGACUAGUCAUUGGAGCAGAAGAGGGACUUUUCUGCUUGGAUUUGGAUCGCUACGAAAUUGCUCGAAUAGGAGAAGGUAAAAAGGUGUAUCAAUUGGAGUACAUAGCAGAGGAACAAUUAUUAGUUGUUCUUUCCGGCAAACAGCGGCACGUUCGUUUGGUACCCAUCCGAGCUUUGGAUGGUGACGACGUUGAAUGGAUAAAAGUAGCCGAAACGAAAGGUUGCAUUACUUUUGCGGCGGGUCCCAUGAAAAAAAAUCCCUUGAGCUAUUGCCUUUGCGUGGCUAUUAAAAAACAGAAUACGUCUCAAAUUAUUGUUUACGAAAUCACGCGAACAAAAGCGCGACAUAAAAGAUUACGGGAAUUAAUGUUACCCACCCAGGCACAAACUCUUAGCAUUCUUUCGGAGGGUCGUCUUUGCAUCGGUUAUCAGUCUGGAUUUACAGUUUACAGUAUUAUGGGUGAUUAUCAUCCUGUUCCUUUGGUGCAUCCAGACAAUCAGGUUUUGGGUUUUCUCGCUUACAGUUCUGUAGAUGCUUUGCGUGCCAUAGAAUUGCCGAGAGGUGAAUUUUUAUUGGUUUUUCAAACUCUGGGUAUUUACGCGGAUUCUCAAGGAAGGAAAUCUCGGGACAAAGAAAUUAUGUAUCCUGCUAUUCCAUUGGCAGUCAGUUGUUUAGAGGGUCAUCUUUUAGUGUAUUCCGAUACUCACAUAGACGUUUUCAAUGCAUCGACCGGUGAUUGGAUUCAGACAAUAAAUGUUAAAAAGGCUAAGCCGUUAAAUAAUUCUGGUAGUUUAAGUAUAUGCAUAAUAAAUGACUUGGCGUACAUUGUUUAUUUGUCACAUAUUCAUUUAAAAGAUGCAGUGAAUGUCACUUGUACAGAUAGUACGGGAUUACAAACUCCAGUGCGUCCUAGAAAAAGAUUUUCAAUUCGGGAAGUACACAGAACCGCCAGAAUGACUGAUUGGAGAUCGAAAAUGAUAUCGGCGCCUUCGAAUUUCAAUCACAUAAGUCACAUGGGACCCGGAGAAGGAAUACAAAUUCAACGGUUAAUCGAUCUUCCGACGACUUUAGAGACUGCCGAUUCGGCCUCCUUAUCCAGCCCUCAUCCAACAAUCUCUUCUCAGGAUAGUUCGUCCCGAUUGUUUCACCCGUCGGUUGCGCCUCCCAAAAUACCCAGUCAUCCUCCCGGACCGCCCAUAAGAAAUUCACCUCAUCCAGAGUCACAAAGACGACACUCAGGUCACAUGACACACAACCAGGGUUAUCCAGUUCAUAAUGGCUCAACAAAUAUUUUACGAAGAGCACCGCCUCCGCCUAGACCUUCGGUAACGCCACCGUCGCUCCCGAGAACUCCUUCGGAUAGCGUGAACGCAGAAUUAUCUCAUGUUAAUAUCGGAUUGAGUCCAUUAAACAAUGGUUCAAAGGAACAAUCCGGCGGUGGGAGUCCGCGUCAUUCGAUAGCAUCUAACAACAGCAGUAAUCCUAGCACUCCUCCCAGUCCAGGAGGACACGAUCACGGGUCAUCUAGUUACGAUAGUUGA